AUGGCGGAGCGUGUGGAGAGCCCCCAGGUCCUGCUGGAGAUGCUGGACAUGCUGUGUUAAGGCUGCAGGGGCUCGGCGUGUCCACGCUGGGCGUGUGUGAGCCGGAGCGCUAGCCCCGCCCUGCGCUGUGAGCUGCGGUCACUGCUCUACUCCACGGCCUGCCGUGACCCCUGCUUCCCCGCCACCCUGUUCCGUGGCCGCCUCCACCCGGCCGCUACGUCCAGCCUGUCGGCCGCCGCCGAUGUGGUCUCGCUCUUCAACCUCAUCACCAUCACGCGGCCGCCUUUCUACACCCUCCCCCUGCCCUACGACAGCCAAUCCCUGGCCUUCACACCCGCCUCGUUUGGCUACGCGGGCUCUGAUUGGCCGGGGGGCGUGGUGGGGGCGGCGGAAGGCGGUGCCACGGCGAUCGAGGGUCAAUAUGAGGCGGUGUCCGAAGCCGCAGGGAUCAGUUCGAUCGCGCACACACACGCGCUCGCGCACCCUUACACACACACGCUUGCGCCCAGCAUGCAGGAUGUGCAGAGCGACUCUGCGGCCAGUUCGGUGGUGAUGGAGUCUGGCGCGGCCAAUGAGAGCGAAGGAAUGGAGCGCGUCACGGCCAGGAGGAACAUCUUUAAGGCCGACUUCCACAACGUGGAGCCCCUAGACGCCACGGAAACCGGCCAGCAGUCGGGCUCCUUGGAAAGCGUGGACGGCCAGAUGACCGUGCGGAACGAAGACAUUCUCUUCCUCUCGCUGAAGAACCCAUACCCUGAUCCGCACGCACGGGCGCCGCCAAGACACACACUCCCAUGCGCUGCAUUCGGGAGGUGCAAGGUUCCAUAUCGGUGGAGUCUGCCGUCGGCGGGGCGGGGUCCGGACAAACAGGUCUGGCAGAGUUCUGGCCAAUGGGAACUGCCCAUGGAUAUUCCACACCAAUCAAGAAGCCUAGGAGACCCUAUCGGAUCUACCCAAGCAGAUUCUGGACUGACCAGCUCUGGUCUGAGUGUUGCUACGCCAGUCGAGUCCAUCGCGGGAGGCUCUGCACCAGCUGGACCGAGACUAGGCGGCUCGGGACCCAUCGGAAUGCAGACCCCCGGUUUUGAGGAGGUCCGAGCUGCUCUGAAGCGUCUCAGUGGGCGGAGCUUGGACUUGAUCUCCCAGGAUUGGCCGGCGGGGGCCGAGGGCGUGUCCAGCGUCGCCACGCAGACCGACGCAGCCUCGCGGCUCCGCAGCCUCAACAAGCUCUCCUUCGACAACCCGGACAUGCCGGAGGACGACAUCAGCGCCAUCUUCCGCUUCCUGGACGACAUCAGCAUGUGCGGCUCGGUGGCGGCGCUGGUGCCCGAGGGCGGGGGAGGGGCGGAAGCGGGCAGCGGCGGCCCACCCAGCUCGCCGGACCGCAGGGCACGCCUGGGCAAGCUGAAGAGGCUGUUCCACUCGCUGGAGGCGCCGGAGGAGGCGGGGCUAGGGGCGGGACUAGGGGCGGGGCUUGGGGCAGGGCUGGGCAGGCUGCUGCUGCGCGUGUCCGAGAUGGAGAAGCGUCUGGAGCCGCUGGGCGACCUGACCGACACGCUCACGCUCAUCCUGGCCGCGCUGCAGCGGCUCGAGGUGCAGACCAACACGCUCACGCGCAAACACGCCAUCAUGGAGCUCAGGCCACCCAAGGGCAACCCGGCGCUGAGGGAGGGCCACAGUGUUGGCACGGCCACCAGCGCCAUGGCGACCACCACCGCGGCCAAGCAACGAGGCGUGGUCACCCGCCGCGACCUGACGGAGAGCAGCACCUGGAAAGUGAGCUACAGCAAAGAGCAGCACACACACACCAGACAGACUGAUGAACAUGCUACUGCUAUGGCUGUGGCUGAGGGCUGCAUGGCCGACACUGGACCGCGAGUUAAAAGAGGCCUAAACAAUCGUACGGAGUCGACAGAAGGCCUCAUCUCUGAGCAGUCCCUGUCCCCACACCUCCUGACGGAGGGCCACCGCGGCCCCAACCUCAGCCAGCGCGACCCCUCCUGGAGCCAGUCAGAGCUCACGCCACUGGAGCUGCAGGCUCCAGAUCAGCUUGAUUUCUGGAUGGAUGAAAUCUACACCCCGGCCUCAGACAGACUCAGACUGCAUCACAAGCGACCCUCGCGGAAGUGCCCGCAGGCCAAAGGCUAUCGCAUCGCUGCCCUCUGCGUAACAGCUGCUGCCAUCCUGGUCAUCAUCAUAGUCAUCCCCAUCUCUACGGCCUAGCACUCUCUCUCUCUUUCUCCCUCCCUCUCUCUCUCUCUCUAGC